AUGAGAAUGUUCUCAGAAGAAAAUCCGCUGAAAGCAUAUAUUAUUAUGGACUACAUUCCAGGCAAUCUAAUGUAUCAUAUAUUUGAUAAUUUCGAACCGCAGGAUCUCCUACAGGCGCUUCGAAACAUCGCGGCACUUGAAGCUGCCUCUCUCAAAUUCACCGAAGAAGACAAAUCGCUCUUCAUAAAAGACAUAUUCAGUGAGAUGUUUGCGAAGGUUAUGGACGAAGAGGUGAGCAUCAUGCGUUGA